AUGAAACAUCACCUACCCCACGACGCUUUUUACAUGACUGUGAUCACCGUCCUAGACAUGGAAAGUAACGUGGCUAUAUCAUCUUCUUACAUGCCAAAGGAAAUUACCGAAUUUCUUCACGCGCGCCGCAUAUCUAAAAUCUGUGAUAAUCUUCCAAACAUGGAAAUUGUCUCUCAGCUUGCACAUUCCCUGGAUAUUCCCGAUAAAAUCCUCCGAAGAACUGAACAUCGUUAUCCAGAUUCUCUCUAUCUGAUUGCAUACGACAUCUUAAACGCCUGGAAACAGGACUGUCCUUACCUCGCAGAGGAAGACAAAGUCCAGUGCCUUACCGAAGCCCUGGAAGAGAUUGAAAUGAAUAAACUAGCCUAUGAGAUCAAGGAAGAAUUCCAGGCGUGGCAAAUGUCCCCCAACUCCGAGUAUGAGAUAUGCUUUUGUGAAAUAAAAUCAAAGAAACGAGCUCUCAGUAUCCCUUGCAGCGUGGAAGAAUCCCCCCAAAAAUCUACGCGAAUUGAUAUGUGA